CAAAAAUUUGUUUUAGAUAAACGUAUCAAACGCGUAUCACUCCAGACUCGUGCAGAUGGUGCGAGUAACGCAGUCAUGGCCGCGUGUAUAAGGAGGACUUCAGACACUUCUUCUUAUAGUUCUAUGCCAUCUGGUCCUACCGCGGAGAAGUGGCCCAUGUGGAAGGUUGUUUUAGCGUGGAGCGCGGCUGCUCUAGCCGCCUUGAUUUUAUUGAUAUUUAUAUUAAUAUGGGUUGUCAUUCCCAUAACGUUCUGGUUAUCCAUACAGAUUCAACGAUACAUGAUGUUUAUACCACGGAACGACCCUCCCGAUCCCGUAUUCGACCAGCCCGAAUACUACGGCAUCGAAGGUGUCUACAACUUCUACAUAAGCGUGAAAGACUACGAUGACAACAACACCAUAACUUCCAUCGGUGCCUGGCUUGUCCUCCACCAAGAUGACAUGAACAUGUCCAACUCCUCCAACAACGUGGCAGAUAUUAUCAAAAACUCGGACAAAGACAUUUUGCUGUACUUGCACGGCGUAGCCGCCAACAGGGCCCAACCCGUCAAACAAUAUGGCGUCCUUCGGCAACAUUUCUUAAUCAUCGCGAUCGAUCACAGAGGUUAUGGUGACUCUGGCACCAAUGUAGUAUUAUCGGAAGCUGCAGUCAUCAACGACCACGUCCAAAUCUACGACUGGGUGAGAAGUCUCAACCCCAAGAACGACCUCUACUACUGGGGUCACUCUCUAGGUUCCGCCUUGUCUUGUCACACGGUGCGAGCGUUGAAGGAACAAAGGAACGCAGUACCAAAAGGACUCAUUUUGGAAUCUGCAUUCUCGACUAUGGCUGACGUUAUCGUCACCACUUCGAUCGGAAAGCUUUUCAAGUGGUUGGCGUGGUUCGACGCGACUAUUUUGAGGCCUCUCGACAACAACGGGUUCCAUUUCAGGUCUACGUCUAAUAUUCUGUCGGUAGACUGUCCCGUGAUGCAACUGCACGCCGAAGACGAUAACGUAGUCCCCUACGAUUUGGGAGAAAAGUUGCACGAAGUGGCCGCGAAGGAAAGAAAUUUAUCUCAGCAAGGAAACGCAACUUUCCACGGGUUCGCGGCGGAAAAGGGCUAUGGACACGUGUGGUGCACCAGUGAUCCCGCCGUACCAACCUAUAUUUCGGAAUUUGUGCAGACUUGUCGAGAGUUUUGGAACAACAAAAGCAGCUAGAGCCCCAUACCUAAAAUUUAUAGAGUUGGAGCGAGUGUGUGAAUGUGUA